ACGAGAGAGAAGAAAAUGGGCUUGUGAAAACACAAACCAACAAUUCAACCUUUUCCAUCACUGAAACAAACGAUUGCAAUAACGUACACAUUGAAGAAAAUGAUGGGUUAUUCAGCUUUGUUGCAUCAAAUAAAAAAACAAAAUAUAAGAAAUUAGUAGUUGCUAAAGCCGACUUGGUGAAACAGAUUAUGAAAUUGAAUAUAGACUUGAAAUGGCUGCAUGAAAUCAUUGCAACUGAGAUAUCUAGUUUCAUGAAAUUUAGAGGACAAUUUUUGAGUUUUGCUUUAAAGAGGUUUGUUAGUCAAGAAAUUAAGAGUUUGAAACUGCGCGAUAUAGAAUUGAGAAAAGUGUUAUACAAUGUUAAGCAACACAACUUAUGA